GCUCUGUGCAAGAUUGCCAUGGCUCUCAUCACCUUCCCUACCUUCGUUUCCUCUGCCUAUUACCUGCAUAUUCCACUCUUCCUCAUCAUCCUCCUCCUCGCACUCUUCUCCUCUUCUUCAGCAGCUGAGAUUUCCUAUGACGACCAUUGCAGCUCCGUCGUCCCUCAAUCCAUGGCCACCAGCCUCCGUUUUGGUUCCGCCAUCUUCAUAUCAAACGGCUACUUCUCUGGUGGUGGAGACCUCUUCCGCUCGGACUCCGGCUUCAAUGGCUCUUCCUCCUUCCAGUUCCACUCCACUUACCUCCACAAGACGCGAUCCCCCGGCACCUACCAAGUCGCCGGGACCCUAUCCUUCCAUGACUCCAUCCAAACUUACCUCACCUUCAACGCUUUCGGCUUCUGGUCCGAAUCAACCGGCAAGCUUUGCAUGGUCGGCGAUGGUGGUUUCCGCCAACCUGAACCCCAACACCUCGGUGAGCCUCUCUAUCUCUCCGCAGUUCUAAAGCUCGACUUCCCCAAAACAUCCAACAUCACGUCCUCCCUGGUGAGCGGCAGUCUGCAGAGCUGGGAUCCCGCCGGCAGUCCCAACCACUUCGAUCCCAUUUGGCUUUCAGCUUACGCUCAGAACGGGUACGACUAUACCAUGAUCCCUCAAGCCAACAGUUCAUGUUCCCCUCGCAGAUUCGAGGAGGAAUCGUUGGGCUUCGAGCCUGCUUCGACUUGUUCUUUCCUCCAUUCACACAUGCAUGGUCGAACAUAUAGAUUAGGUGGGAGUCUUGGAUUCUCCUCGAGAUAUAUGGCCUUCAACAUGAUCUGUCAACAGGACGGGAUGUUGCAUCUGUCCAUCGGAUUCUCCAAUGUCAGCAGCAGAUACGAGAACAUAGCGUCCGAGAUUUCCUUGGUCGGAGAAGGCUACUGGGAUCGCAGUAGGAAUCAGCUCUGCCUUUUAGCUUGCCGCAUCCUUAAGGGGCGGAAUUCAAAGGCCAAUUACUCUGUCGGUGAUUGCACGAUCGGAUUGAGCUUGUGGGUUCCAGCGGCCAUGACGCUGCAGAGUCGGAGCAACAUCGUGGGCAGGAUUUGGAGCAACAAGAACACGAACGACGUCGGCUACUUCAGCACGAUCUCGUUCCAGAGUCUGGGAAGUCAUAUGAACACGAUUCCUGGGCCAAUCAAGUAUAAGUACACUUCAAUAGAUUCUGUCCGGAGCUCAUGCAGCGCGACCGGUGGAGCUACGCGGGGCAAGAGAAGAUAUCCGAAUGGAAGAUCUCCUGGUGACAUGGGAUUCUCGAUCUCUUUGAAGGAUGAUGGCGGCAGGCGAGGGUGGGGGCAGGCGAGGGUGUUGUCGAUCGGAGACACAUAUUAUGGCGACGGUGACACUGCCAUGGCGCCGGCAGAAAGCUCGGCAUCUGCAGCUGAUCUGGUAGAGAUGGACGACGAGCACCACAGCACGAUCAGGAACGUAAGCUAUGCGAUAAGCUACAAAUUCAUCUCUGUUCCUUCCGAUGAAUUCUUAGAGAUCGCUGCAGAAGGGAUCUACGAUGCUGCGAGUGGAACCCUCUGUAUGCGAGGAUGUCGAUUCCUAGAUUCCAUCGACUGCGAGAUCCUGAUUAAGAUCCAGCUGAGACCUCUCGAUCCCAAGGCCGGGGAGCACAUCAGCGGCACCAUAAGCAGCACGAGGAACAAGCGGGACUCCCUCUUCUUCCACCCGAUCGACGUCUCAUCCGAUCACAUGUACGAGUCGGAGGCAGUCGAUUCGAUGUGGAGGAUGGAUGUCGAGAUCGCCAUGGCUUUGGUCUCCCUCACCUUGUCAUGCAUCUGCAUCCGGUCUCAGAUCCUCCACUCCAAGAAGCACCCGGAGGCCCUUCCCUCCAUGUCGAUCGCCAUGCUGGUUCUCCUCGUGCUCGGCUACAUGAUCCCCUCCGUGCUGAACUUUGAAGCCCUGUUCGUGACCCGUAAGAGGCAGAACGUGCUCCUGCGGAGCGGGGGGUGGAUCGAGGUUAACGAGACCAUCGUCAGGGUCAUGUCCACGGUGGCGUUCUUCCUGUCCUUCCGCUUGCUUCAGGUGGCAUGGUCUCCGAGAUCACCAGAGGAGAGCAAAAGGCAGAGGGCAGCACUCAUGGUGUGUUUGCCUCUGUACUUUGCCGGGGGGCUUCUCAUCUGGCUACUCCAGCUGCAGGGCUGGGAAGAACUGAUCUCAUACGCUGGGUUGGUGGUUGAUGGCUUCUUGCUCCCUCAGAUCAUCCUCAACAUCUGCAGGAACUCGAGAGGCAACACCCUCACUGCCUUCUUCUACCUCGGAAUCACAAUCAUUCGAGCAAUGCCGCAUCUAUACGAUUUGUAUCGAGCUCAUCGGUACGUGCCUCAUGUCAGUUCGUCGUACAUCUACGCCAGUGACGAUGGAAAUUACUAUUCAUCAAUGUGGGAUCUAAUCGCUCCUUGUCAAGGAUUUGUGUUUGCUGUGAUCAUAUACGUGCAGCAGCGGUAGGGUGGUGGCUGUGUGCUUCCCAUGAGGUCCCUAAUAAGCUGGCCGUCAAAGGCUCAUCUGUAAUUUCAGUAUAUGAAGUGUGUGCAAUUAGGGUUUUAGAUUAAACCAAAUAGACAGAAUACUCUCUUCCUAAAGGGAGAACUUAGCCCUA